AUGGCUGAACAAGUAAAUCAACGAAUUGAGGAUAUGAUAAAUGAAUUGGAGCAAAUGCGAAGAACAGAAUUAUACGACGAUGAAGAAAUAAGAGAAAUAUCUAGAAAACGAAAAGAAUUUGAGUACCACAUUCAGCGUAGAGUAAAACAAAAGGAAGACUUUGCACAGUAUAUUGCUUAUGAAUUGACUUUGUUAGAAGACAUAUCUGCGAGGAGAAAAAGAAACAAAUUGGGAGAAAAGAAAAAGGAUAUAGAAUAUGCCAUAGCCAAGCGCCUAAAUAAAGUUUUUAAACAGUUCAUAUACAGAUUCCAAGAUGAUGUUAAAAUAUAUUUUGAGUACAUUAAAUUCUGCAAAAGUGUAGGAUUUGAUUAUGCUAUAUCUGGAAUCAUUGGACAAAUGCUACAGGUCCAUGGUGAUAAACCAAAGAUGUGGCAACUAGCUAGCAGAUGGGAGAGCAAAGAGCAGAAUAAUUUAGAUAAUGCUAGAAAUUUUCUAUUGAAGGGUAUUCAGAGGCAUCCUGAUUCUGAAGAUCUCUACCUUGAACUCUUUGACAUUGAAUUGAUUGCUCUUACUUUUAAGGCAGAAAGUGAUGAUGACAGGGCAAAGCAGGUGGAACGGGUCAAUAUUGUAUGGAGAAAUGGUGCCAAAAAAAUUAGUAGUGUGGAAUAUUUAUUCAAGAUCUUUGACCUCUGUAUGAAAUAUGAAAUAAAGGAAUCAUUUGUUGAUGACAUAAAGCAACAGAUUUGGUCACAAAAUGCCAAUAAAGAAGUGUGGCCCUAUAUAGCUUCAAAAGAACUACAAGGUUGUCACUGGGAACAAAUUGAGGAAUUUGUAAAUGAAGAUGAUAUCUUUUCAAAAGAAUUAAACUAUUUUAAUUCUGUAUAUCAACAGGCAUUAAAAAAGUUUUCAGAUAAGAACUUAUGCACAAGAUAUAUACAUGAGUUAUUAGGGGUAAAUGAGAGUGUAUGUAGUGACUUGCUAAAAAUCCAAGCCGUCAAAAAUGCUUGGAUGUAUGGUCACGAAAAUGGGGUACUAACUGAUGAAAUGUACGCUUUUGGUAUUAAAAUGUAUAAGCUAGAGCAAGGAGCAGAUUUUGAAAAGACAAUAAAGAAUUUGGAAUCAUCAAUGAAAACCUCACCACUAUGUUUAUGGGAAGAAAAGUUGCUUAUCAGUAAAUCAGAUGAGAAGAAAAUGUUAAUGUUACUGCAGGAAGCUCAGAAAACAAUGAAGGCAAAUGAUUUACUGCAUCUAUAUAAUUUAGCCUUAGACAAUGUGACAUCUGAUGUUACAUUAAAAGAGUUAUACAAACAGUUUCAGAACUGUGAACACGCUGCCCUACUAGAAAUCAAACCAAAACUCUUGAAGAAAAUGUAUGAUCACAAUGGAAUUAGAGCAGCUAGAUUAUUGUAUGAAGAUUUGAUAAGAACUCCACCCACUCAGAUAGAAGUGCAUUUACAUAUGAUUGACAUAGAAAUGGCUCAGGAGAAGCCUAAUGUGAAGAAUAUUAGAAAAUAUUAUGAAUGUGCUGUUCAACAUCAUGGAACAGAUAAUGUUGACAUCUGGAUGAAGUACAUGACAUUUGAAACUGAAAAUAAUGCUCAAGCAGCCCCUGGCAUUUACAGAAGAGCUGUAGGUAUGCUUAAGAAAGAGCUAGUUGAUGCAUUUAUUAAAGCGCAAACUUUGUCCAAAAUAAAAUAG